AUGGAAGUUUACAAAGAAUUAAGGAAAUUGGAUUUCAGAAUCACCACCAAUUUAUCUAAAUUAAGAAUAGAACAUUCUGUGGACUCUAUGACAAGAGAAUUGAUGAAACUUAAAAUACUAUUAGUAUUAUACUUUGUAACAAUUAUUUUAUUAUUAUGUGUACCAAAAGAAAUUCAUGCCAUUGGUCAAGAUGAUGAUAACUUGUACUCUGACUACAACGCAGAUUACACUCAAGAUGAAGAGUUGAACUCUCCAUCGAAUCCAAUUGGAAAUCAAUACAAUGACGAUGAUCAACAAAGAUUUCAAGAUGAACAAUUUGAAGAUGAAGAUUUUAAUCAAGAGGAUGAUGAAGAGGAAUAUACCUACACCAAUCCUCCAACAUUCAAACCAACUACUCCUCCUCCAACAUUUGCACCUACCUAUAUACCAGCCCAAACAGUGGCCCCAUUUACCUCUCCUCCUUCAACAUUUGCUCCUAGUACUUUUGCUCCAACCAAGCCACCAACAUUCUCUCCAACCAAGCCACCAACACUUCCUCCAACAACCCUUCCUCCAACAACCCUUCCACCAACUUUUGCUCCUAGUACUUUUGCUCCAACCAAGCCACCAACACUCCCUCCAACAACCCUUCCUCCAACAACCCUUCCACCAAAGGUCAAUGAUCCAAAAGAUUAUGAUUAUAAUGCAAAUUAUGAUGAUGAAGAAGUAGACGAGGAAAAUGUCCAAUCAGCAACAAAUAACGGUGAUAAUAUUGAUAGUCAAGAAUCAUUAUCAACAACUAAACAACCAAAACAAUCAGAUCCAAAGGAUUAUGAUUAUAAUGCAGAGUAUAGUUUUGAAGAUGAAGAAGAGGAUGAUUCCAUUUCCACCACCAAACCAAAAAAAGGUGGACCAACCAAACCACCAAAGAGUAAUGAUACUUUUGAUGGUGACGAUGAAGAAGAAGAAGAAGAGGUACAAGAAGAAGAAGAAGAGUUUGAACCAAUUGAAGAAGAGGAAGAAGGUAUGCCAGGAGGAAGAAUACCACCUCCACCAGUAUCAAGAGUCAGAGGUGAGCAAAAACCAAACAUCAUUCCUUUAACUCAACCUCCCAUAGGUGGUAGUCCAAUCAUUGCAACCACACCUCUUCCAACCGUUGUUAAUGGAACUGUAUCACCAUUGGCUGGUAAUUUAACUGCUGGAUCAACCGCUGCUGCUGCUGCUGCUGCUGCUGCCUCUGGUAGUACUGAAGCAUUACCAGUACAAUCUGAUAUUCCAGAUGAAACUCCAAAACCACAUUACAUCCCUAUAGCACUAUCUCAUACAUUGCCACCAGAAACAUUCAGCUCAAGUGAUGAAGAUGCCGAAGAAGAACGUCGUAAACAUGGACCAGUCGUAACUGAACCACCACAAAUUCCAAAUGGGGGUCCCAUUGAAGAAGAUUCAUCCUUGAAUGAACCAACUUGUUACGAACCAAUUCUCCAUGAUUUUGGUGACAACUCGACUGUUGCCACUGCUUAUUCACUCGACGAAUCAUUGGAUUACGAUCCAUUCCCAGGUUGCCAAGUCGAUAGUAACAAUGUAGUCUCUGCCUAUGAAGGAGGUCUCUCACUCUCUGCCGUGCCAUGUCCAAGUUGUGCCAAAAAGAAUACCUGUGCCUCUGUCCAACUGGGUCACGAAGUAUCGUAUGGAGUUCACACUUGGAAGGUCCGUGGGUCCAAGCUCAAACACACUGCUACCAAGAUGGCCUUGACGUCUGGUAGUGGAAGUUCCGCUCAUGAAAUCUUCUUCCUCAUCCAAAAUACGACACUCCUUCGUGUUGGAUACAUCCAUCCACGUGGUGCCGAUGAAUACAGUCCCGCUCAAUCUGUUUACAGAAUCAUCUCUGCAGACAUGACCCAUCAAUACACCAACUUUACCAUUGUCUGGGACUUCCAAUUGAUCAAUUUCUAUGUCGACGGUGUAUUGAUUUAUCAAGCUGGUGGUCACUCCAAGGUUCCAGUCCCACUCCAAUCUCAAAUCAGUGUGUUUGUAACAGACACUGGAAAAAAGAUUGCUCGAGUUGCCGAUGCUACCAUCCUCAGUUAUUCUUACACCCCCUAUUGCGCUACCAACAAGCCACCCGCUGUCAACACUGUAACAGAUCAGACCGACGAAAAUGGAAACAUCAGCACUGAAAGAUUUGCCGGCUCACCACUCCAUUUUUACACUACCCAAUGCACAUUGUAUCGUCCCAUUUGGAUUUUCAACGACACUCUUGAAGAAGGUUGGUCCGACAAGUCAUCAGCUUUUAGAUACUUUAACUAUACUCAACAUGUUCACCGUGGUCCUCGUGCACUCUUUUUUAAUCUCGAUGCGGACACAUUUUUCUAUUUGGAAAAGGAUGGUGGAUUUGGAAAACAUGAAUUCAAGUAUGUUAGUUUCUGGAUGUAUGGUGCUGGGUUCUCUCCCAAUCAACAAAUUGUUGUUUCAUUGGUCAAUGGUAAAUCCAAAAUUGCAUCCAUCAAUGUCAGCGAGUUUAUAAAGGGUCUAAAGAAACCUGAUACUUGGUACAGAGUCAAUCUCCCAUUGAGCAGAUUUACAUUUGCUCAAAACAAUGUCACUCAUUUCCAUGGUAUCCUCUUUUCAUCGGCCACUCGUACUUUUAUGGGGUCGGUUGUUCUAGACGAUGUCCAACUCAACAAUGGAACCAUUUGUAUGACCGAACCAGUCCCCUUGUAUGGUGAAGGUAAACUUGGACCAGGUCUCAAAAUCUACUCUGAUGGCACCAACUUGGAAUCGUCAGUCGUCCAUUACCAACGUAACCGUACUCUCCAAUGGUAUCUGACUCACGAGUAUGAUGUCAAUAUUGGAUUUGAAGAAGGUGCAUUGGAUCUAGUCGACAAGAAUGGUCUACGAAUCUCUAUCUACUAUAUUCCACAACGUCAACUCAAAAUCGACACGUAUGAUGUUUCAAAGAUACGUAAACAACCUAAAAUCAGUAUGGUCCUAACCUCUGCAGGAGAAGACAUGACCAAUCCAUUUGGUAUUGUUGAAUAUUUGGGUGGUGACUUGCCUGCUCACACUUGGGUCUCCUUUACAGUUCCAUUUGAAGAUCUUGGUCUCUGGGAUGGUGCCAAAGUAACUGGUUUCAAACUUGUCACUGAUGGUUGGGACCCUACCUCUACUCAAGGCACACUCUAUGUUGGUAACCUUGAAGUAGCCAAAUUUGCUUCACCACCACCCGAAAAAGAAUCUUCAUCCUCUUAUCUAUUACCAAAUUAUCCAUUUAUCAUUUUAAUCUUAAUUUAUAUCUUUUUCUAA